GCGCAGAGCAUCACGGGAGGUUGUGUUGUCUCUACUCUGCUGACGAACCACUGUCCCAUCUGUCAAAUUGAACGACAGAAUGGGUCGUGGAUAUAUAGUAGACGAUGCUGUGGAGCGAUAUCUGUCUGCACUGUGUGGACAACCAACAGUCCCAGUCACAGGACUACUUAUUGGACAGAGCACAACCCAGAGGGAUUUUGUCGUCAUGGCAACUUGCACACCGCAGAGGGAGGAGUCUGCCACAGGAACCGGAAACUCUGUGGACAAGGACUGGGUGACUGAGCAUGCUCGACAGGUGUCCAGGAUGCUCCCUGGAGGUCUGUCUGUAUUAGGAGUCUUCAUCAUCACUGAGAACGAUGGUAAGGAAACGCAAGCAACACUCCGACAGCUGGUAUUUGCGGUAGAUAACCUCAUCUCCUCGGAGCAUUUGUGGAAACCUGCAGAUGAUGACGUCACAGAAUGUGUCACACUGCACGUCAACCCCAAAACCAGAAAAACCACCUGCAGAACAUUUGAAGUCAAAGACCCCAAGAGCACGGCCAAGCCUGCAGACUGGAAGUACCAGUGCGGUGUUUGCUCCUCCUGGGUCAUGGUGUCGUGUUGGCUAAAUGUGGACAUGUUGGUACCACUACCAAACAACAGAACCAGUGCAGAACACAUGGCUACAUGUGUUAAGAAGGGAUUGAAAGCUUGGGCUCAUCAGAUUGACAACAGCGUUUGUUUAAUUGAUGGAAAAAAGCUGCCAGAGGACACAGAACUCACAGCAGGGCAGAAGAGGAACGUGAAACAGACGUACACGACUCAACUGCUCAUCACGCCGGAGAAUCUAAGAUCAGCAGAUGUGAUCCAGAGUUGUGGAGGCAGCAUGUCGGUCAGAGGAACAAUCCACAGCAGAGUUUACCUACACAGCAACAAGCCAAAGUCCAAACUGGCUGAGAAGCUGCUAAAGAGAGAUGUGGUUUCUACGGUGGCCACAAGGGUUCAAAUGCUUAUGGAGGAGCUGCAGGCGUCGGCGGAGGAGAGCAAGAGCAGAGACACGCAGCUGACUGAACAACUCCCUCGUCGCGUCUUCUGUCCUGUCAAAGCGACUGGACCAUUGUGUGUGUGUGACUACCAGUUCAGUGACGAGGACCUGUGUGAGGUGACUGACAGGCUGAAAGAGAUGCUCGACAUCGAUGCAGCUGAGGAAGACUUGGACACCAGGCAGGAGAUGACUGCUGACAUCGCAGAGAGCAGAGUUAAAGCAGAGGCUACUGUGGAAACAGUCAACGCUCUGGAGCCAAAGAGAAAAAGCUUCACUGGUGUUGCCAUAGCUACUGCCGCCGCCGUACUUGCCGCUGCUGCCUCAAUGCUCUAUCUCAAUGACGUCUGACGUGUACAAACUGUCCUUCCGAUGGAACCCAGAAGCAGACCAUGCCUUCAUGGAGCUUAAACAACGGUUCACCUCUGCACCCAUUCUCCAUCACCCCCGACCCUCACUGUCGACUCAGACUCCGAGGUGGGGGCCAUCCUGUCUCAGAGGGUGGGUUCGGACCAGAAACUCCACCCCUGUGCCUUCUAUUCCAGGAAGCUGUCUUGGGCCGAGAGGAACUACAGUGUGGGGGACAGAGAGCAGCUGGCAAUAAAAUCUGCUUGAGGGAUGGAGGCACUGGCUGGAGGGGGCGGAUCAACCGUUUCUGGUCUGGACGGACCACUGUAAGUGUGGCAAGUGUCAAUAUGAAAGUGAAAGUGAAAGUUAAAAGUUGCUUGACCCAGUAACAGUCUGUCUGUGUAUCGUUGUGGAUUAACAUUCUAUGAUUUUGCACCUCCGUGCGUCUGUGGAUUUUUCUCUGUGCCAACCUGUUUCUGUGUGACUUUGUUUUUACCGUGGAUCUCACGCCGACGAGGUUAAUUGGGGUAUUGUACUCUUUGCCUCUGUCCUUGAACUGUGAAAAUAAACUUUGUUACUUACGCAUCUGGGUCCAGCCCUGUGCGCAGAAAAGGAAUAUUUCAGGCUACCAUUUUUGUGCCGUCACUUCUCUACAGCAGGCUAUAUGCAUAAAUGCCUCCAUCUUUCCCAGAGGACCAUCACAUUCUUUGCACUUUUCACAACAAACUGCAUGUUCAGAGUUGCCCUCAAGUUCCAUAAUAGCUAUGCAGACAAACAAAUAAACAAACAUUUCUAAAUUCACUUCUUUUGAAAAGCUUAUUUGCAGUAUCUUCUUUUGGGUUAAAUGCACAGAAAGAAUUACCCCUGGGGGAUAAAUAAAGUGUAUAUAAAAAUAUUUCUGUUUAUUUCCAACAAAUAAGCUUCUCUUAGCCUAUAAAACACCAGAAAAUCCAAAAUAUUUCCACUUCCCUUUCCAAUGAACAUGAACUAUUAUCAGUUUUGCAGUGUCAUCUGUUUAGGAUUUAGACAACACUGCCUGAACCAUAGCAUGAAUCCCUGUAGAUUGUCACAGUUUUGCCAGCUGCUAAUUUAAAAGCUUCAGAAAUCUGACAU